AUGGAUGAUAUUAGAAUUCUUGUCGCAAUAGAUUUUGAGACUAUAUACUCUGGAAACGUAAUUAGACCAAGAUCUGAAGGUGUCUCAAAAGCAUCUACAGCACUUCAAUAUGAUGAAGGGCAUAAAAAAAUCACCACUGUUGAAGUUUAUUUAGCUCAAAUGAGGAAAUUAAUUCAAGAAACUCUAAAAAAAAAAGGACGAUGCCCUACUGUUAAGUUUCCUCAACAAGUCGAUUUUGUAUUAACAAUUUCUGCCGAAUGGCCUCCAUACACAACUAAAGUCAUGAGAGAAUGUGCAUACAAAACAGGCUUUGAAUUCACAAGUCACAACGAAUUUACAACUGAGCCUGAAGCUGCAGCAUUUCAUUGUCUUAGCGUCAUGAGAAACAAAACUUACAACCUUAUGCGGAUUAAGUCUCCUUAUUUAUUUGAACCAUUUGAACAUCAAGUUCCUAUCAUCGCUGCUGUGCCAACUUUAUCUAUGGCAGCAAUAGUUCGUGGUGCCAUUACAUAUGGAUUUAAUAUUGAUAUUGUACAUGAUCGAAUAUUAAAAUGGACACACGGAAUUGAAGUUUGUCGCUCAUAG